CUAAAAAUGACGUAUACGGUUUGCCUCUUUUUUUUGGGUCCAGUUGUUUCGAAAACCUAACACACUGGUGAAGUGUUACGAAAGACAAGCUACGAUUUGAGUACCACUUCUUUAUCUCGUCAAAAUGGAAGAAGAGCGUAUGGAAUUGGAUGAAUCUGAACUUUUGAGACCAAACUCUCUGUUUUUAAGAGGUGUUGAUAACCUCUCUGAAAAGGAUAUCAAAUCCUAUGUCAAGCGCUACGUCAGUGAUCAUUUCAAAUUUGAAUGGAUCAAUGACUCUUCAUUGAAUAUUGUCUUUGAAGAGAACGAACAAGCAUCUAAUGCACUAAAGUCCUUGUCUCAAGAUACCAGCCCAGAAUUGGACAACAGUAAUGAGAGACUUGCCCAUCAGUUUGAUCCAAUGCAAAAAGAUGUUGAGUUCUGGACACGAGUGUCCAAAAUUGGUGAUAAAAAGAUCAAACAUGCUUCUCAAUACUCGAGAUAUUACUUGUUAAACCCAGAUGAAGAGAAAAAGUACAAGAUGAAGAGAAACCUUGAGAAAAGAUAUCGUGAUCGUGAGCCACUUGGUAGAAGAGCUCGUAUGCUAUCGGAUGAAGAAGACGACGACGAGGACCUCUUUCCUGAAAAGGCUAGUAAAGCGAAUGAUAUUGACAAAGAUGACAGCGUGAACCCAUUAUCUGAAAGAAUGAAAAAUCCUAUAUCCCAGAGACUACAGCAUUCCAAUUUUGAGCACUCGUUGGACAAUGGAGGAAAUGCUUUGUCACAGAAAGACCUAGAUGACGACGAUUUAUUCAAACGGUAGGUGUCUUGUUGCAAUGUAAUACGCUAAAAGACUACAUAUAUGUAAUUAAUAACAAAAUAUGGUGAUAAAAAAGAUAGGAG